AUGGCUACACAAGCGAAUUGGGAGCUUGACCCGGAGACUCGGACCAAAGCUUCACCUAAAUUUGCUGUCUUCAUUUGCUUACAAUGCGCCGGCACCCAUCGUGGACUCGGCGUCCAUAUCUCCUUCGUCCGCUCUAUAUCGAUGGACGCCUUCAAGUCGACUGAAAUAAAACGGAUGCAACUGGGAGGCAACAAAGCAUGGCAAGCUUUCUUCAAUGCUCAUUCCUCGAAAGGUGCAGACUUCGAAGAUUGUACGAUAAAAGAACGCUACGAUUCAGAGGCUGGUGAAGAGUACAAAGAACGAUUGACUGCACAAGUCGAAGACCGAGGCUUUGAUCUUGCCAAGUUCAGAGAGGAAAGAGCCAAGAUGUUACAAAAGCAGAAGGAGAAAGAGCAGAGUCGCAGUGGGACGCCUGCGGGCAUGAAUAGAAAUACUCUAGGGUCACGAACACAGUCUCCCGUUCCUGGGAAAGGUGGGAUGAUGGAUCCCGAGCAGAGAGCGAGGAAUGAAGAAUACUUCCAGCGUAUGGGAAGUGCAAAUUCCUCUAGACCUGAAAAUCUCCCACCGAGUCAAGGCGGGAAGUAUGGCGGCUUUGGCUCUGCAGUCUCAGAACCCCAGCAACAACAAGGAGGAAUGCCCUCCGCAGAUGACUUCCAAAAAGAUCCUGUAGCUGCGCUCACCCGUGGCUUUGGCUGGUUCAGCUCGGCCGUCACAAAACAAGCCAAGAUAGUGAACGACUCUUAUAUUCAGCCAACUGCGAAGAACAUUGCAUCCACAGAUUUCGCUGCUCAGGCUCAGAAAAGCCUCGCUACUGUCUCUUCCGGUGUCGCGUCCGGUGCCAAAGGUGCAACUCAGCAAUUUCACAAGUUCGUCGAAGGCCAGGACAAUGCCGCUGCCUCAGCUGCUUCCAGAAGACCAGGCGCUGAGCCCGAGCGCAAGGACUUUUGGGAUAGUUUCGGUGUAUCCUCUGACGCUCCAGCUGCUAAACCAAGCAGUAUCGGCACGAGCGCAAUGAAGAAGACCACGAACGACGUACCUGCCAAGAAGAAAGAUGAAGGCUGGGGUGACGAUUGGUGA